CAGGAAGUGAGCGAAGCUUGUAAACCUUUUCCCAUGUAACCCAUUUACACUGAAGACACUGUUCACCAAGCGUCAAUGCGGAUUCAAUGUUGACUCCAAGCUCAGACUCAAGGCGGCCAGAGCCCAUUCCUGAAAACAUUGGCAACAUAUGCCAGCAAACAAAUGCCAACUCUCUGGAGGAGUUUGCCCAAAACCUGGCAAAGAACAUAUUCCAGUCAUCUCUAAUGCAAAUGGAAACGUUGGACCCUGAGGUAUUGCAGCCUAAUCAAACACCAAAGAUGUUAGCUGAGGAAUUGGCAUCAGCAAUAAUUGAGAUUGCUCUGAAAGAAGUUUGCAUACCUCAACAUACAGAGGGUCUUACAUCAGAUGAGCAAAAGAAUAGUAAAGAAGAGGCUCAAAAUGGACCAUCUGUGGAUACAUCUGGAGAAGAACAGGACCUGUUGGACAUAGAGAUGGGUUCAUUUAGGGAAAUACAGACUCACAGAAACCCUCAGUCCAACUAUCCACCUCUGUACCGGUCAGGCCUUCCCGCUGUAGGUUCCCUUGACUACCCAGAUGCUCCUCCAACCACCCCUCUCAUCCCUGAGCUCGAGAGGAGCAGGCACAGUUUUGCUCGUAAGCUCAAAGGGGGGCUGGCAAAAGUCUUCCUGCCUUCUCCUCCUCCACCAACUCCAAAAGAAAAGGAAGACAGUUCAGGUGAUGUAAUCAGUGACCCUCGGGUGGAAUUGAUGGAGCAUCUGAUGCAUUCCCUGUCUACAAAUGACCUGGCAAGAGAUCACUUAGAAGCACAUGGAGCCGCUGUGGAGGUGUUUGCAGAGGUUCUGUCAUGUGAUAUAUUACACUGGGUCUUGAGUGUAAAAAAAGAGAAACAGAUAUCAGAUGAAAACGAUCUUCAUCUGCUAGCCCAUCAACUGGCUGAAACAAUCAUCACCUCCUCCCUAGAAAAAGCUAAAUGCGGCCCCAUAUCUGAGGAGUGAUCUGUUCAGGAUUUUUAGAAGUGAGGAUUUAUCAAAAUGUUUUGAGCAGAUGAUAUCUUAUUUCCAGGAGAUAACCCUUUUGGUAUCUACAUUUAGUAAAAAUUCCAAAUGCUAAAGUGAGAGGGACAAAGACCAAUGCAGACUUCUUCCACUCUUAAAACAUUUCCAGUGACAUAAAUGCUUAUGUGAAACUUUUCACAAUCAUUAUGUUUGCAGUAGGUUGGAGGCAGUAUGCCACCAAUGUUCUUUCUUUGUGAAGCCCAUAGUGAGGAUGGAACAUGUGACUUUCUGGUCAGAGUUACCAUCUCAUAUAAAAGAGAUGUAAAAAGCAGAAAUCUUCUAGUUGUGUAGGUGAAGCAUGAUGCAUUAAGUUUCACACAGACUUUUUACCUCAACCAGAAAAGCUUCAAAUCUUUUUUGGUAUGUUUGGUACGAUCUUUGGUGACACAUUGUCUCGUACCUUAAUUUCCUGUGUAACAAUCAUCAGUUUUGGUGUAAACAACUUCCCACUGUAAAAACAACAGUUCAAAGGUUACAAAACUGAAUUUACAAAAAUUGCUACAACAUUUUCGAGACUGGAGUUGUUUUAAGAUAAUAGACGUCUGUUAGAGAAAUGUUCUGACAUGUUUCCAGUUUGAGGCCAAACAGGAUUAAAUGUAUGGAUACAUGACUGUACUUUAUUUUAUCUAAAAAUACAUAAUUUUCCUCAUUUGAAACAGUGCAAGUUUAGCUUGCUUUUUGUAUGUAAAUAAAAGGUGUUUGCUUUGUUUUAUGUUUCUUUCACUGAACAGUUUUAUAUUGUUUUUUUUUUCAUAAGAAAAGGUAGAGCUGGAUGUAAUGCAUCUGAGAAAUACUUAUUUCACUCUGCAUGGUUGUGUUGGAUAUGGCUGGUUGCUCUCAUUGCAAUCUGGCUUUGUAUGCACUGUAUCACCAAAAGUGCCGACAUCCUUGUAUUUAUAUAAAAAAUAUUUUUAUGACUUUAUGAGUAUUCUUACUAGAUGGGCUUUAAUAAUGAGUUUGGUGCACCUUUUGCAGCUAUAACAACUUUAGCUCUUUUGUAAGGGCUGUAAACCAAGAGACUGAUGUUAUUGUCAUUGCCUAUAGGGCCUCUACAUUUUCAGUCCUGAGGUGAAGAAACAUUAUUAAUAUGCAGCUAGCCUGGAAUCAGAGGCAAAAUAUCUUAAAUCUCCCAGAGCUGGUCUCUCCAAACACUUUAAGGAGUUUGAAAUAAGUACAUCUCAUUGUAGAUUUUUUAAAACUUGUUUUUGAAAUGUUGUGCAUACAUGUAUUGCAUGUGUUAUUGUUUAAACUUCUGUCUAAAGCUGAUUCUGUGCUGCUGUCUUGGCAAGGAACCUUUUGUAAAAGAGAUUUCUAAUCUCAAUGAGUAUUUCCAGGUUAAAUAAAGCUGAAAUUAAUUGGAAAAGUAAAAAUGA